UCGUCAUUUUAUCUGCGCUUACAGCAAAUCCGCGGAAGUAGCUGCCCGCGUAUGUUUGAAGACAUUUUAAAAAGUGGUAAAAUAUACACUGGAGCGGGCGAUUUUUAUAUUUCGUUUGAAAUGGCUGGCAAAAUGAAGGCUGCGGAUGACUGUAGCUAUAAAACAUACUCUGUUUGCGAGAGUGCCGCUGAUAGCAGCAGCAGCAGAGUGGAGGAAGACGCAGAAAGCGAUGGUCCAGCGGUGUUUAUGUGCGGCAAAUGCAAGCUGCCCAUCGGCGACAGUCUGUCCUGGGCAGGCAGUGAUGACGAGCAGAACCAAAUCAUGCUCAAACGGAUCACUGACAAUGUUGUCACAGAUAAAGAACCCUUUGUUUCUGGUACCCGAAAGGAGCUUGGAUGCCUUGUUGUGAAUCUCACCUGCUGUGGCUGUUGCUCAGAAUUAGGAAUUAUGUACAUAUCAACCCCAAAAAAGCUUGAUUACAAGAGAUCUCUUUUCUGCUUUAAUGUUGAAAAUAUUGAAAGCUAUGUAGUCGGCAGUCCAGGCCAGCGGGUGCCAGAAUUAGACAAAGACAAACCAGUGACCCUGGAGUACCAGGACAGUGUAGAACAGCAGAUGACAGAGAAAAGUAGCUCAUCUUUAAUAAAAUCUCUAGCUGUGAUCAUAGGACAACGCCUACUGGAGAUUGAAAAUAACCUCCAGUGCAAUUCUGGAAAAUGAUACGAGCUGUCUGUUUUAUGA